GGCCCGAGAGCGGCGGAAUCGCAAUGCGCAUUGGCUCGAUAUUUGACCCGACAACGUUCAUGAAGCAUACUUGAAGUACUAUUUGAAAUCUCAGCGGCAUUAUUAAAAAUGGCCGAUUGGGCGAGCGUGGUCAAAAGGAGGGUAAUCUGGUGAAACUAAAACAGUUUCAUGUUUGUUACCGUGUCCAAAACGACAUUUUGUCUGCGAUUGCUGCUAAGAAGAAACAGUUUAAAGCAAUCGCCGUUUAUUUCGGGGCACACUUUUCAGCCGAUUCGUGGAAACAUGUCUACCAGUGCAGUUGACAAACUGGACUCGCUCGAAUUCAAAAGUGUCCUAACUCCAGAGCUCUUUACCGUUACAAAACCGUUCCAAAAGCAAGGAUUUGACAUAAGAAUAGUUGGAGGGGCGGUGCGCGAUAUUCUUUUGGGGAUACCACCAAAAGAUGUGGACCUUGGUACAAAUGCAACGCCGUCGGAAAUGAUUGAACUGUUCAAGCAGCAUAAGAUACACUACAUAGAAACGGGCUUACAACACGGAACAAUCACAGUUCAUGUCAAUAAACAAGAUUUCGAAGUGACGACUUUGCGAAUUGACACUGAAACUGAUGGGAGACAUGCAAAAGUGCAAUUUACUCACGAUUGGAAGCUGGAUGCAGAAAGGCGAGACCUCACAUUCAAUGCCAUGAGUUUGGGGCUGGACGGCAGCUUGUACGAUUAUUUUGGUGGACGAGAAGAUUUGUUCAAUCAUCGCGUGAGAUUUGUUGGUGAUUCAAGGUCAAGAAUACAGGAGGAUUACUUGAGAAUUUUGAGAUAUUUUCGUUUCUAUGGUAGAAUAGCUUUGGAAGCGGACAAUCACGACCAAACAACUUUAAAUGUUAUUCGAGAAUGCUCUGAUGGAUUAAGGCAGAUUUCUGUGGAACGUAUUUGGAUGGAAGUUUCAAAAAUUUUGACUGGAAAUCACACGCCUGAUCUUUUGCGCCGAAUGUAUGAGCUGAAUGUUUCUCAAUCCAUCGGUCUCCCUGGUUAUUGUGAAGAAAGCAUGCAAGAGUUGACCAGAGCCUGGAAUGAACAUAAGAUCCGUCCACUCCAACCUGAAACUUUGCUAUGCUCCCUUGUCAAGACUGCUGCAGAAGCCGAAGAACUUGCCAAAUGUUGGAAGCUUUCUAAUGCCGAGAAAGCGCUGGGGAAGUUUACAACUGAGCACAGACAGCCAAAAACUCAUGAGCAUGUUCUCAAGCCGUAUCAGGACAUGAUAGUCUCGGCACCAAAUACACAAGCAAAGAAUCUUCUAAAAAGCCAUGUAGUGGAACUCUUGCAUUAUCAAGGAAGACAUGAACAUGCACAGGAAAUCAAAGCAUGGUGCAUUCCAGAAUUUCCAAUCACUGGAGGGCACUUGAAGAAGCUUGGAGUCAAGCCAGGGCCAGAGUUUGGAAAAAUGCUUGGAAAACUCAAAGAAGUUUGGAAGGAUAGUUACUUUACUGCCAGUGAAACUGAUUUAUUAGGAAAAGUUAAAACAUUUAAAGAUGGCUAAGAUUGUUGUUUAGCUUGAGUGCAACACUUGGAAAUGUAAAAUGGUAGUUUUUAAGUGUUGAUUUCAUAAAUAGAAUUUUGACCAUACAGUGGCAGAAAUGUGGCAUUGUGAAAUACUUUUCCACUUGCAGGUAUAAAAUUUUUUAUACAGUAUCCUAAGAACUUGCUUGAUCAGGAUAUACUAAACACCAUUACACUGCAUGUAUUUCAAAUAUUUAUACAGUUAAGCUUCACUGUCACAAGUAUUGAAUGCCUUAAAUAAAAAAGGAUUGAAUGCC